UGUUCAAACAUGUCAAUGUUAAGCAAAUUAUGGGAUAAAUUAUUUUUACCUGAAUGGUCAUUCAAAUACAACUGCUAUGAAACUGCUCAUACAUGGACACCUCAUUGUUCAGUGGCAUCAUGGGAAAUUGGAAGCUCAGCUUUCCAAGAAGGACUAAAGAUGUAUUCAGCCUUGAAUGCUGUACAAUUUAUACUCGCCCGUAAAUACACUUCAGAUGCUUUGCUGAAAGCUAUUGGAAAUGCAUUGAACUCAUCAACCUUUCUAGGCGUCAACGGUUUCCUAACCUUUAGCCUUUUCUGUGGUCUUCGAGCUGCUUCGGGUAAAUUUUACUACUCAUUGGUGGCCUUUUUACCAUCUUUUUUGGCAGCUUAUGCAGCUAUACACAUUGAAAGACCCCAUCGACGAUCAGCCCUUGCCUUGUAUUUGAUCAACAUAGCCUCAGAGUGUUUAUACCGAGUUGCCAUUAAACGAAAACUCUUCAAGCCCAUUCCAAAUGGGGAAAUAAUGCUUUUCACAACUUCAAUGACAAUAUUAAUGUACCUUUAUCGGACCCGAGGUCUUGGUAAUGAUCCGAUUAGUCUGUUGAUUAAAGGUUUAAUUGGCAGGGAAGAGUCUAAAAGUGGACUUGCAAGAGCUGCUGUGGUUACAUCAAAUGGAUGUAACAAUAAACAAUUUCUACCAACAAAACAAUCAUUCCUUUGGUCGCUAUUGACCACUUCGCAUCCAACCUGUCCUCAUAAAACAUAUUCAUCUUGUUUCACUUAUAUUGCCCAUGGAUUGAUUAAAUCAUUUGGAUUAACUUGGUCCAUUUUAACUCUCAUCUCUUCGGUUAAAAAUCCUUCCCGUUUAAUGAAAGAUCCUUCAAUUGUAUUGAGAGCUGCUCGUAAUAGUAAAAAUGUACGUUUCGCUGGUUUCCUUGGACUUUUUGUGGCCACCUUUCGUCUUGUCAAUUGUACUCUUCGGACAAGUUGCAAUGGUUCAGCUGGUUGGCAUGCAGCUCUGGCCGGUUCACUUGCUAGUCUUACUAUGACACUUUCACCCAACUCCACCAUAUCAACCUAUGUAACUUGGAAGUGCAUUGAAAACGUUUAUUGUCUUGGCUAUGCAAAUGGUUUGUUACCUGAUCCAGUUAAUAUAAUACCCAUUAUUUAUGCUGCCUGUGUUUCAAUUAUAUUUUAUUGUGGAGUUUUAUCACCUGAUACUGUAAGACCUUCGUAUGUUAAGUUCAUGGACUCUGUAACUAGACAAAGAAUCCACCAAUUUAAUCGUAAUGUGCUUGCUGUUUUCCGAACUGGAGCUGAAAAAGGUUACGAAGAUUACGUCCCGAACUUGGAUCCUAAUUUUUGUACCAAAGCUUUCCUUGAAACAAAUUAUCUUUGGAUGCUUUCAGUAAACUAACCUUGAUUAUUCAGCAUUUCACUCGGACUAUCUUAGUUCUGGGAUUUUUAAUUACUAGUCAAUCAAUACUAUUUGGACUUUAAAUGCUGAUAAUUGAGACAUAAUUAUUCAAAGUAAUGCUAAUCAAACUCAAUUUAAAACCAGUCUUGUGUAUCAUUGAUCAAGCAGUAUUUUAGAUAAUAAGAUUAUCGAUUGUUAACUAUUCUUAUAUUUUAAGGCUGAUAAUUGAAUAAAUUUUACAAUUUAACUAUUGAUUUCACUUAAAAGUUGUGUGAAAUCGGUUAAUGAUAUUUUUCAUCAACUUAAAAAUGGAAAGCAUUUAAU